AUGCCGGUAGAUUUAAGCCACUGGACAGGGGCUCUUGCCCUAACAGAGGUGGAUGAGAAGCCUGCACAGACCCUCCAUGUCAAGUAUGGCUCUCUUGAAAUCGACGAGUUGGGCAAAGUGCUCACGCCAACACAGGUACUGUCAAAUAUGAAUGCUAACGAACUAGCGAAGAUUUUUUAUAACUAAACCAAGAUAGACUACGGUCUGUCAUUUCCAAUGGGAACAAAUGAGUCAUAGUGGGCAGAGCCAAGCACGAGAUAGCGAGAUCCUAUUGGCGCGUUCUAGCCUGUAUCUACAUAUUUCUGUUAGGGAACGCCACCUAUGUGAAGUGCGCGUAUGCAAUAACUCAAUUAACCGUUGCACUCCCAAACAACGCGAUUAAAAAAAAUAAAAUAAAAACUUUUGCGAAGGGGUUAUGUCUACAAAACUUAGACCACUCUGUCCAUAACAUAGUUUUGGGAACAGAAAACUGUAUUGAGAUCAAAUGUUUCAUCGAUGAGAAAAUGUGCAGAAUGUCGGCCAAAAACCAUCAUCUUUUCCAUCUUCUCCGGCCAGUGUGCUUCCUCUGACUACAUAUUUGGUAGUGAGCGGAAACGCCAAGCGGAUGCUUCACAUUUACACAUCCGGUGAAAUAUCUGUCUCAUUGUUCUAUCUGUGGCGCUAGCUUGCAUGCUUACAAAUGUCGAAUAUAAUCCAGUUGUAGGGCUGACAGCACGUGCUCACGGUUAUGCUCAAUAGAUAGUAGUUGAUACAUUACAUGAAAAAGCUCAUUUAAAAAAAGAAUGUUAUUGAUUGGUAGCUGAAUAGCCAAAUUGAUUGCUAACUAGCUUGAAUUUGCAGGCCUAGGCUUAUUUGCAAGAAUGUGUGACACAAUGCACAAAAGUGUCAGUGUGCAACAAUGUUGCAGUCUUGCUUAGACUGCAUAAGUGGUGGUCUGACCCAAUGGUCUGACCAUACACUGAUCAUCUGCACUGCAGAGACAAGGGUUGGGCAAUCAAUGUAUGUCAGUCAGCACUCUCCUCUUAGCCCAAAAGUCCUGCACUUUAACUCAAAUUAACAUAAUUAUCCAUAGUUCAAUCUAGUAUCUUUAAUAUAUUAAACUGAUAUCUGUUGCUUAUUGUUUGUGAUACCAACCAUAUUGACUGUGUGUGGUUUGUAUUUGUGAUAACCAUAUUCUUAUUUAUUGGGAUACCAACCUUGACUUGUUGUGAAAGCAUUCUUGGCUUGUAUGGUAUUUGUUGUGAUGCCAACUAUAUUGACCAUGGCUUGUAUGAGUUAUUAUUGUGAUACCAUUACCAAAAUGAGAUUGGCUUGUAUUUAUUGUGAUACCAACUACAUUCCCCCUGGUUUGUUUCUUCACAGGUGCAGAGUCGACCCACCUCUAUCGAGUGGGAUGGGUGUGACUCCACUAAGCUGUACACCCUGGCCAUGACCGACCCCGAUGCACCCAGCAGGAAAGACCCCAAGUUCGGGUGGGCUGCAGUCGGCCUGGGCGAUAUCAAAUUAAUUAGAAUUUGUUUUAGCACAAUAUUCCAAAUGCAUGUUUUGCAAGAAUCACAUUAGUCUGUUUUAUAAAUGUGCAGUAAGCAUAAAACACAAUUAUAUAAGGAAUUGGUAACUCAUUCUCAUUCUGAGAAAUUAGGUAGGUCACUUAAUUUCAACAUCUGAAAAAAGUGGACAGGCUAGCAUGCUGUUCAAACAGUUGGAGACAGACAGCAGGGUGUGUUCAUAACAAUUCAACUGUUCUACCUUGUUAGCUAGCAAAUAGAUCCAAAUUGGCUAAACUUUAAAUGUAAAGAUUAGCCGGUUACUCACUAGCACGUGGGCUUGUGCUUGAGAGAUUGUUUGAGACCUGUGUUAAUUUUCUAUAAUACCUGUUACAAGAAGUUAGUCAUUAUUAGUGAAUGUGCAUUAUGGUACAUUUUAAAAAAUUGCAUUUUCAUAGACAGACUUGAAAACCAGAUCAGUGAUUGCAAAAAAGCAGGUUAAACUAUUUUGAAAAAAAAAAAAAUUAUUAGUGGGUCUUAUGGUUGUGGGAGGCUUGCCCUUUAAUUGUAGAACAAAACUUAUUUAGAGAAAACAAACACAUUUGAGAUAUGAAUCGCCCAUACAUUUGAAUAAAUCAAGAUUAUUUUUCGGCCAUAUUGCCCAGCCCUAGGCUGCAGCUCCCAUUUAUUGGCUCUGAUCUUUUAAUGAUUGCACAUAACACACAACUUUGCUUGACCUUUUUACCCCCGAUCAUUUGAAGCCAACUGAGAUUUUGUGUGAUCGAUAAUCUUAUUUCUGAAUAUUGUGUAUUCAAGGAUGUUGGAUAACCAUAUUUCUUCCUAACGCAUUUAUUCUCUUGAAGGGAGUGGCAUCACUUUCUGGUGGUGAACAUGAAGGGAAAUGACGUGUCUAGUGGAUGUGUUAUGUCCGACUACGUUGGGUCUGGCCCUCCAAAAGGCACUGGUAAGAAGACUGCGUGACUGUCCCUCCUUAUCCAAUGAUGAUUGGAGCGGCUGUUGUAUUCCUAUAGCGAUUUAUGAAGCUUGAAUGUGUGAAAUCUCUGCAGUGAUGCAUUUCCUACACAACUGGAUAAGUUUAUUAUUGGACAUUUUCUGCAUUGCUUCACACAGCCCUUGCGCACUGUCUUUGAGCAGGAAAAGAACACAUGCAUUUUGAAUUAUAGCUCUUUUCUCAAACGCUUUACACUAAGGGGAUAACUCACUCCUUGCACCAGCCCUUUAUUUUACCUGUCCAACACCCUUCCUCCCUCAUUGACCAUGUGACAUCUCAUUGUGUCUGUGUGUGUCCCUCCAGGUCUCCACAGGUAUGUGUGGCUGGUCUAUGAGCAGUCAGGAAGCCUCUCCUGUGAGGAGCCCAUCCUCACCAACUGCUGUGGAGACAACCGCGGCAAGUUCAAGAUCCAAGCCUUCCGCCAGAAAUACGGACUGGGAGUUCCCGUGGCUGGAACCUGCUAUCAGGCAGAGUGGGAUAACUAUGUCCCUAAACUCUAUGAGCAACUGGCUGGAAAAUAA